AUGAGAGGGAUAAUGAUGAGCUAGUGUACCUACGAGAAAGAAAGAGAAGUUUUAAAAGCAAAAACAGAAGUAAGUGCAUUGCUUUACGUAAUUUGGUAAACAUCAGCACUAAGGGUAGCUUGAUAAUUAAGAGCAUUUAAAGAAACCGUUAUGAAUGAACUUGUGUUAUUUGGUGCUUGUGUGGAAUACGAAAUUAGAAUUACAACUUUCCGUGCAACAUUUUUGUCAAGGAAACAAAACCGCCCUUUGGAAAGAAGUGGCUUUUUAACAAAUAAACAAACAAACAAACAAGCAAUUAUUCUAACACAAGUGGUCUCGCGGGUAACAUAAUAUGUCACACAUUAGCAAUUGGAUGGAUACGAAAAAUUCCUUAUCAUAACAGUGCGAUUCUUUGUUGCUGGCAUGCAUACUAUUUUGUGUAACGAAUGAGACUUCAUCAGCCAGCCUUAGUGGGGAGAGUCCAGGCAGAGAGCAACCCGGGUCCCCACAUGUGAAAAACCUUGCUUUCCAACAUUGCUGUAGAUUUCCGGCGGUGAAGACCGGGAGGGGGGCGUCGUGUCGAAAGGAGCCAGAACUAAUAGCCAUCCAGGGAGAAUGCGGUUCUGAAGAAGCUGGCUUCACAAAUAAUUCAACCGAGAAACUCUAACUGCAAAGUCAUUAACGCGCUGGUGGAGUUUGGAAGAAGUCAUCAUUGCAAAAGCGGCGUUUUUGUUUGUUGCCUGAAAGUUUAUUGCGAAGGAGCGAGGAGGCAAAUAUAUAUAUAUAUAUAAAAAAAACUAAACAGGAGCAGCAAGAAUGAGACAAAAAUCAACAGGCUGCGGCUGACUUGCACACAUGAGAAAAACAACUUUCUACCGGCAAUAACUUUCUGUGAAAAGACUGACGAUAAAUGCAAUAUUCACCAAGGCCUUGGAUUUAAACAGCUCAACACAGGUGUCUUUUACCAAAAAAACAACACCGCGGCCGAUCGCUUGCAUCCGUUUAUCUGCGUCUGUAGCGGAUCGUGGUAGCAGAACCGUGUGUAUUGAUCUUGAUGAGGAGACCGAAAGCUGGGUGCCACAGUCGAAAGGCGGUCGCUGAACAUAGUUCAUUAUACCGCUACACACAUCUAGUUCAAUAUACCGAUACACACAUCCCCCAUUGAAUCAUCCUUUUGACUGCUCGUUAAACAUAACACUUUUUAUCAUCAGUAUAUUCAUCUCAAAAAGGAAAUCAAAUGUCCUCCUGUAGCAGCGGCUGUCCUCCAUCCCUGCAGAAAUCUUACCCCCAUCCUCAACACCCAGCUGCUCCACCGACUCCUUCGCCGUCCCCAAGCCCACCGACAGCUCUCUACAGCCGGUUAUCAAACGGGAGCCUGAGCGCUCCGAGUCCUACGAACUCUCGAAGUUCUGUCCAUGGGGUAUCUUUCCUCCUGCAAAUCGGACUGACCAGGGAGACUGUGACCAUCGAAUCUCAGGAACCCUCACUACCCGCUGUGAAAGACCUAGUCUGUUCUAUUGUGGACCAAAAGUUUCCAGAGUGUGGUUUCUUUGGCAUGUAUGACAAAAUCUUACUCUUUCGCCAUGACCUGAACUCUGAAAACAUCCUGCAGAGGCUGCUGUCAGCGGAAGAGAUCCAUGAAGGAGACCUGAUUGAGGUGGUCCUCUCUGCUUUGGCCACAGUGGAAGAUUUCCAGAUCCGACCCCACACUCUUUACGUGCACUCUUACAAAGCGCCCACCUUCUGUGAUUACUGCGGGGAGAUGCUGUGGGGCCUUGUACGCCAGGGGCUGAAGUGUGGAGGGUGUGGGCUGAACUACCACAAACGUUGUGCCUUUAAAAUACCAAACAACUGCAGUGGAGUGAAGAAGAGGCGCUUGUCGAAUGUCUCUCUGCCAGGACCUGGGCUGCCUGUCCCGAGACCUGCUCCCAUUGAACACACAGCAGUGUCCAUUGAGGAGCAACGCUCUCACCAAGAGGCCGGCAAACGCAUCCCUUCCUGGAGUGGCCGUCCCAUUUGGAUGGAGAAGAUGGUGCUGGGGCGUGUGAAGGUUCCUCACACCUUCGCUGUGCAUUCCUACACGCGGCCCACCAUCUGCCAGUACUGCAAGCGCCUGCUCAAGGGCCUCUUCCGCCAGGGCAUGCAGUGCAAAGAUUGCAAAUUUAAUUGUCAUAAGCGCUGUGCAUCCAAAGUCCCCCGAGACUGUCUUGGUGAAGUUUUCUUUAAUGGAGAGCCUGCCAGCCCAGGCCUGGACUCCGAGCUGCCCAUGGAGGUGGACAGCGGGGACAUGAGCAGCGACUGCAGCAGAGGGCUGGACGACCCGGAGGAGCCCUCCACCCCCGAAGACAAGAUCUUCUUCAUGGAUUCUCCUGAUCUGGACGGGGAGAAAGAUGAAGAGCAAAUGAAGACGAUAAGUCCUUCUACAAGCAGCAACAUCCCUCUGAUGAGAGUGGUACAGUCCAUGAAGCACACGAAAAGGAAGAGCAGCACCAUGGUGAGGGAGGGCUGGAUGGUGCACUACACAAGCAGGGACAACUUGAGAAAGAGACAUUACUGGAGGCUGGACAGUAAAUGCCUAACUUUGUUCCAGAAUGACACCGGAGCCAAAUACUACAAGGAAAUUCCCCUCUCAGAGAUUCUCCAGGUGGACUCGGCUCGGGACUUUACUAAUCUGGCACAGAGCAGCAACCCUCACUGCUUCGAGAUCAUUACCGAUACCAUGGUGUACUAUGUGGGAGAAAGCAGUGGAGGGAGCUACCUGAACCCUGUGCUGGCUGCCUCAGGAGUGGGCUUUGAGGUGGCCCAAAGCUGGGAGAGAGCCAUUCGACAGGCACUCAUGCCUGUUACACCUCAGGCCAGCGUGGGCACUGCUGCAGGACAAGGAAAAGAUCACAAGGAAUUGUCUAUCAGCAUAUCUGUUUCCAACUGCCAGAUUCAGGAGAAUGUGGAUAUAAGCUCAGUUUACCAAAUAUUUGCAGAUGAGGUUUUGGGAUCUGGACAAUUUGGAAUUGUAUAUGGAGGAAAGCACAGGAAGACUGGGAGAGAUGUUGCCAUCAAAGUCAUUGACAAAAUGAGGUUCCCAACUAAACAGGAGAGCCAAUUGAGAAAUGAAGUAGCGAUCCUCCAGAACCUGCACCACCCUGGCAUUGUGAACCUGGAGUGCAUGUUUGAAACUCCAGAGAGGGUCUUCGUUGUCAUGGAGAAGCUCCAUGGCGACAUGCUGGAGAUGAUUCUAUCCAGUGAGAAAAGCAGGCUGCCGGAACGGAUCACUAAAUUUCUAGUGACACAGAUCCUCGUGGCUUUGAGGCAUUUGCAUUUCAAAAACAUCGUGCACUGUGAUCUGAAGCCAGAGAACGUGCUGCUGGCCUCUGCUGAGCCUUUCCCUCAAGUGAAGCUGUGUGAUUUCGGCUUUGCCCGGAUCAUUGGGGAGAAAUCGUUCCGGCGCUCCGUGGUGGGGACCCCAGCCUACCUCGCCCCGGAGGUGCUCAGGAGUAAAGGGUACAACAGGUCCUUGGACAUGUGGUCUGUGGGUGUCAUUGUAUAUGUGAGCCUGAGUGGCACCUUCCCAUUCAACGAGGAGGAAGAUAUCAAUGACCAGAUUCAAAAUGCAGCCUUCAUGUACCCACCAAAUCCCUGGAAAGAGAUUUCUGGUGAUGGUAAAGCGACUGACUUGAUAAACAAUCUUCUUCAAGUGAAAAUGAGGAAGCGGUACAGUGUGGACAAGUCCCUCAGCCACCCCUGGCUACAGGAUUAUCAGACUUGGCUGGAUCUCAGGGAGUUUGAGACUCGGAAAGGAGAGCGUUACAUCACACACGAGAGUGACGAUGCGCGCUGGGAGGAGUAUGCGGACGAGCACAGCCUUGCACACCCUAAGCACUUCAUAAUGGCACCCAACCUCGACGACAUGGAGGAAGAUCCCUAGUCACCGAAACCCAGUCUGUUCACAGGCCAAUCUAGAGUGCAGAAGCCCUGGCACUGCACACUCACAAAGCAACCUGGAACUGCUGCACCAGAACCAAGCACACACUGCUUCAGCUGGGACUGCCUGGCCAGACUGUUACCUAGCAACCAGACACGUGUGAACUGGGCUAUUAAGGACUGUGUGGUAAGGCCAGGCAUGUCACACAGGUGUGGGUGUGAACUUGUAACUGAGGUAUAGCUUGUCUUUUAUCUCACUGCCUCCUUACAAGCCAUAAAAUACUAGUUUACUGAACUCUGUGUUUUAGGCUAGGAAAAUAUUUUCUAUCUGUGCAUAUACCCUGUGGGACAAGCCAGAUAAGGGUUAAAGCUUGGACCAAAUGAAACAGUCAGAGCAUGGAUAUUUAUAUUGACAGUCCCAUUCCAUAGAAACAUCUAGCGUAGUAUAAGCAGAAUGUGAGGAGAAAUAAAUAAGUUAUUUUAUGUGUAUUUAAAAAAAAAAAUACAUGUUUUCUUGUUUAAAUGUCUAUUCUUUGCCAUACCAAGUCUUUCUGAAAUAAUCUUGGGUCGUUUCUAAACGAGAGACAAAGCUUUCUUCUCCAGUUCAAACAGUUUAAACUGGAACACCAACAUAAUGUUAUGCUAUUGUUUUCAAUACAUCCUAUAUUGAUUUGAUUUCAGUAAGGGCUCCCUUCUCAUUGGUCAGUCUGAAACUCAAUAUGCAGUGGAGUGCUCACUUUACUCAUUUCAGUAAGGGCUCUCUUCUCAUUGGUCAUUUGCUCUGAACUAAUUAAGAGAGCCUCAGUGCAGCACCUGAAGGACUAACCUGAAGCACAGUCAGUAUUCCAUGUGUGCUGGAAGUUUAUUGUUUAUUGCACAUCUUGUUUUCAGACCAAAGGAAGACUAAAACUUAUUCAUCUCAGUAGGUAUACCCCAUUAUAACCAUACAAAUAAAGCCAGUUGUUUGAUCCCAAUUAUUAUACAAGAACCUGGUAAAAAAACAUAGCAAGCUAGUUUUUUUUUGGUUACACUUCUGUGUGUGUGUAAUUCUUUACAGUGUCUCAUUUUGGAAUCUAGUGUAUCUUGUGUUUGAUUCCAAUCCAGUGACAGAAUGUUCGUGAAAAGCAUUGUUCCAGGUUACGCUGCUGAGAUGCAGAGCUUGAUCUAUGGAAAGUAAUUCUCUGAGCGCAGUUUAAUUGAGGCUUAAACAUACUUUCUGUUCCAUACAUUACACUUGUUAUAUAAAAAUAAUACUCUGCGAACGUUCAUUGAGCACUGUGGUAAUUUAAAAAAAAAAAAAUGGAAAACUACCAUAUUAAACAAAUGUGGAAAUGUAUCAUGAAUUCCAAAAUCAGUAAGUAUUUCAUAAUAAUUAACCUCAGUGUCAGAUUAAUAAAAGGUAAUACUUGUUUCAUGCCUGGAACAUUUAGUGGGUUAAAAAAAAAAGAAAUCCCAAUUAUUGCCUUAAGCAGAAGAUACGGUUCUGGUUUGCCUUUUUCAUUUAGAUUCACUGACCAAAUGAAAUUCAGAGACAAAUUCUACUCUAUUCUAAUGCUUGUCUUCUCUGAUACGACCUCUUGCUUCAAAUACAUUUUACAUUAAAAAAACGACAUUAAGCGUGAUGAGAACACAGCAUAGCAACUAUUACAAAACCUUGCAUCUGCAGUAAAGCCGUACGCUCCUGGUAGAUCGAGGCCUGAAUCUGAUGGCACACUUGCUGCAUUCUCAGAGUAUUGCAUUGGUUAACCAUUCAGUUUGAACGAUCUGAAACAAAGUGCCUUAAACAAACUGCACGGAUUCACCUUGUAAGAGCUGGUCUGAGUUACAAUGAGUAGAAUACAGGUAGACCACAGAGGCUAAGCUGCUUACCUAAGCAAAGGAUUGUGACGUGGACUGGCUUAUGGACAAGUGCGUUUCACACGGCCCUGCCAGUGGAGCUCAACACAUGCUCAUUCGCUUUUCAGUAAAAGGCUUUUUUUAAAGUCUGUAGAUUACAUUGAAUUAAGCUUUGUGAUUGUUGUAUUACAUGUCGUCUAGUUUAAUGUAUCUGUCCAAUGUUGUUUAGGUUAUCAAAGGCAUAGCUAUGUCAAUCUGCACUCUUAAACUGGAAAACAUUACAAGCUGUGUGACUGCUCAUGGCUAAGCUUUCUCACACUGUGUGUUUCACUGCUCAUGGCUAAGCUUUCUCACACUGUGUGUUUCACUGCUCAUGGCUAAGCUUUCUCACAGACACUGUGUUUCACUGCUCAUGGCUAAGCUUUCUCACAGACACUGUUUCACUGCUCAUGGCUAAGCUUUCUCACACUGUGUGUUUCACUGUUCAUGGUUAAGCUUUCUCACACUGUGUGUUUCACUGCUCAUGGCUAAGCUUUCUCACAGACACUGUGUUUCACUGCUCAUGGCUAAGCUUUCUCACAGACACUGUUUCACUGCUCAUGGCUAAGCUUUCUCACACUGUGUGUUUCACUGUUCAUAGUUAAGCUUUCUCACAGACACUGUGUUUCACUGCUCAUGGCUAAGCUUUCUCACAGACACUGUGUUUCACUGCUUAUGGCUAAGCUUUCUCACAGACACUGUUUCACUGCUCAUGGCUAAGCUUUCUCACACUGUGUGUUUCACUGCUCAUGGCUAAGCUUUCUCACACUGUGUGUUUCACUGUUCAUGGUUAAGCUUUCUCACAGACACUGUUUCACUGCUCAUGGCUAAGCUUUCUCACACUGUGUGUUUCACUGCUUAUGGCUAAGCUUUCUCACACUGUGUGUUUCACUGCUCAUGGCUAAGCUUUCUCACAUUGUGUGUUUCACUGCUUAUGGCUAAGCUUUCUCACACUGUGUGUUUCACUGUUCAUGGUUAAGCUUUCUCACACUGUGUGUUUCACUGUUCAUGGUUAAGCUUUCUCACACUGUGUGUUUCACUGUUCAUGGUUAAGCUUUCUCACACUGUGGUUCACUGCUCAUGGCUAAGCUUUCUCACAGACACUGUUUCACUGCUCAUGGCUAAGCUUUCUCACACUGUGUGUUUCACUGCUUAUGGCUAAGCUUUCUCACAGACACUGUGUUUCACUGCUCAUGGCUAAGCUUUCUCACAGACACUGUGUUUCACUGCUUAUGGCUAAGCUUUCUCACAGACACUGUUUCACUGCUCAUGGCUAAGCUUUCUCACACUGUGUGUUUCACUGCUCAUGGCUAAGCUUUCUCACACUGUGUGUUUCACUGUUCAUGGUUAAGCUUUCUCACACUGUGGUUCACUGCUCAUGACUAAGCUUUCUCACAGACACUGUGUGUUUCACUGCUCAUGGCUAAGCUUUCUCACAGACACUGUGUGUUUCACUGCUCAUGGCUAAGCUUUCUCACAGACACUGUGUUUCACUGCUCAUGGCUAAGCUUUCUCACACUGUGUGUUUCACUGCUCAUGGCUAAGCUUUCUCACACUGUGUUUCACUGCUCAUGGCUAAGCUUUCUCACACUGUGUGUUUCACUGCUCAUGGCUAAGCUUUCUCACACUGUGUGUUUCACUGCUCAUGGCUAAGCUUUCUCACACUGUGUGUUUCACUGCUUAUGGCUAAGCUUUCUCACACUGUGUGUUUCACUGCUCAUGGCUAAGCUUUCUCACACUGUGGUUCACUGCUCAUGACUAAGCUUUCUCACACUGUGUGUUUCACUGCUCAUGACUAAGCUUUCUCACACUGUGUGUUUCACUGCUUAUGGCUAAGCUUUCUCACAGACACUGUAUGAAUCAUAGCAUCCCUAACUUUACUGUAUUACAAACACAGCAGUUGCAUAGAUCUCCGAAAGCUUUGAGGCAAGAGAAAGGUAUAUAAAUUUCACACAUCUGAUACACUUCAGCUGCUGAUGAGAGCCAACAUAACCCACUUCCACCACACGCACGCACGCACGCACAUAACCCUGCAGAACAUCUUCUGACAUUGCCUAUGCCAAAUACAACUUCAGGCAGUGCUGUGGAAAGUAGCACAUCUGCUGUGAAAGAGGUCUGAUCUUGAAACAAGAUAGAGCUUGUACAGCACAGCAUGAACCAACACUGAUCCCAUGAUCCCUGCUGUAUUAUUAAGUCCUGUUACCCAAUAAUACAAUACCCUAUCCAUUAAAACCAGAAGCUGGAGACACGUACAAACCAGUGAUUAAAAACAAAACCAUUGAUCCACACAGCUUGGCUUAACUGACGGUGAAAGCAGGAUACCAUAGGCCUGCCCUGCCAUCUGUUAACCUGCCCAAGUGUAACCAAUAUAUGAAAUGUAUGGUCUUGCACAACAAUAAUUGUAUUUAAUUGGAGGGUUGAGGAAAUGGAUUUAGAACCUCGUAAAAAAUGCCCAUUUUAAAAAAUACCCCCCCCCUUUUAAGGUGUAAGAAGUCUUAUAAAAGGCUGAAACAAAAUAGAUUUUUUAGGCCAAAAAAAGCCUUAAAGGGUUAACCUUGAGUUGGUAUUGAAAGAGCUGUAUGUUUUUACUUCGUUUUAUUUAAUGUUUGUAAGAAGUUUUAGUUCUGUGAUGAACGAAUGGCAAUGUAAUAAGGGCUAUUUAAUGCAGUUUCACUGCUCAGCAAAAUGCUACCAAUAGAAAUGUCUGAAUGGAAAUGUAUUUUAGUUUUUUGUAGGAUCUCUGAUGUGAUAGGCAAAACUGAAAACAGUUAAUGAGAACUGAAUGACUUGUUCCUGAGAAUCUUUUGAACAUCAGAGUUGCCACUGGAUUGGCAGGUGUUUUGUAUAUUUCAGUACUUGCAGAUUUAAUAAAACUCUAAGCAUCUUUA